CAAUUUAAUCUGCCUCCUCGAGUGAAGUUGACACUCUCAGAAUUUACGAGGCAGAUAAAAACAAGAGGCAUAUAUCUAUCUUAAUGAGAUUUUGGUUUGUCACUAGCUGUAGCUUGGAUUAUGUGUUUGUACUUUGAUAAGAUAGAGGUAAGAGGAGUGGUUUAGACUUUAAUAAGUUAGAUGGGGUGGUUGCUUCGAUGCUAGGCAAGCCAAAUACUCAAUAAUAAAUACAUAAUGAUUUGGACGUGUUAAUUUUGAUUGUAAUCAUCUAUGUGUGUGUAUGCGGGAAGUGUUCACUCCAUGCAUUUGGCGUCAUUCGCACCAAUUCUAACUAUUAACAUUUAAGACCAACCAACCAACCUCAUUUUUUUCUUUAUGUCCUAGUUUGUUGUUAGCUGGUUCCUCGUUUUCUAUUGAUUGGGUCAGCCGAUUGGGUCCUAUAAAUUCUUUCCAUACUAUGUGGCGGAUUUUGAGAUGGUGUUUACGGGCAGUGGCGUAACCAAAAAAAAAAUAAAUCAAUUAAUAUGAAUUUAUUUAUGAAAAGUAUAUAUAAAUUAAUUAAACAACAUACUGAUAUCAUAUAAACCAAUCUGGCGCCGUCCGUGCUUACAAGGACGUUCUCGACGUGUGAUUCAACACAACUAGACUACUCUGCAAUCACGUUUUCACAUGUGCAUGUGAGAACCAUAGUUGUGUUGUGUUGCUAGCUUUCCAUGUCAUGACCAGCGACGGAUCCAGGACAUAGUAGUGCACUGGGCCGCAUUUCAUUAGAAAAUUAAAUACUAUAAAAAAAUUAUAGUUUUUUUUACAAUAUCAAUUGUAUACGUCGAUCUUUUAAUAUAGUGAAGUCAUCAAUAAUGGGAGUGUACAUCCAUACCAAUAGCAUACUAAUAUCCCUCAAAUAAAAUAGUUUACCAAUCAGCAAGAAAUUCAUCGCUCAUUUUGUUAAACAAAUCAUAUUUCACCUGUUCCAUUGUUGAAAAGGUUUUCUCCAUAGUAGCUGUCGAAACGGGCAAUGUCAAUACUAGACAAAUCAAUCGACUAAUCAAUAUGUAUUGUGUGUUCAUCCAUAUUUCCACAAGCUGCUCUAGUAAAUUUUCAAGAGAGCAAACCUCAGUUCUUUUAGUCCUUUACGUUUUAGACUCUUAGAAUUUUAGGUUACAUUGUUUGUUUUUCUUUAGAAGAGAAUCAUUGAAGCUAGAAUUUCUAGGCUAAAUUUAGAGUUGUGAUAUGAUUAUGUUCAUCUAACCCAUUUUCUCAAUUACACACAAUCUUAUUAUAAAAUAACAAUUGGCCGAAUGACUAAAAUCGAUAAACUUAUAAAGACUAUACUAGCUCCGGAUCCAGAGGAGGGCUGGGCCGUGGCCCGGGGUGGCCACCCGCUAGAUCCGCCAGUGGUCAUGACUAACAGAUUUGUACCUCUCCUAGUGAUCGGCUUAACGAGAGCUUGGUUAUAUUUCGAAAUCACAAUAAUGAUGUCUUUAAUCAUAAGCACAAGACCCAAACAAAUGGUUGCAUGACACAAAUAUAAGUGCCACAUUCCAUUGAACAGAAGACCUGAUAUGAAAGGUUGUUCAGAGGCUUUGCACUUCAGAAUCAUCGCCAAAUCCAUGGUCCUGCUAAAUCCAGCAGCAAAUUCCACAGUGAUAUGUUUUUUUUAUCAUGUAACGCCGAAUCUAGGAAACCAUAUUGACCUUGCUUCUAAAAUAAGUUCCAUAUUUUUCUUAUAACACAAGCUCUUUUUCAAGUUUAAAAUCUUGGAUGCCUAGACCACCUUUCAAUUUCGACAAUACAACUAUAGACCAGGAAAUUGGAGCACGCUUAUUAUGACUUAUGAGCUCCUUGUUCUCCCACAACCCCACAAAAAUUUAAUGUAAAUCUACAAAUCCUCAACCUACUUCAAAAAUUUCAUCGGCAAAAAGAAAAAUUGUCAUCCAGUAUAGAAGAACACUAGUAAUAACUGAUGAAAUCAAUUGCAGAUGUCCAUCAUAACUAAAAUAACGAGGCUACCAACUCCUAAUCUGAGCUGUAAUCUUGUCAACCAGAAGUUGCCUGCCUAGAGAACUUAAUUUCCAUGUGAUCAAUGGGAACCCUAGAUACUUAACUGGUAAUGAUCCAAUAGGGAAGCCAUUUGAUCGUGAUAUAAACUCAUGUUUCGCAUUUGAAAUUCCAACACAAAAGAGAAGACACUUUGCCAUGUUACAUUUGUUAUGGAAAACGAUUCACAAAAGUAUGUUACUUGCCAUACAAGUAAUAUAUAGAAAUCGACACAUGCAUAAACAACGCCCGAGCCAAUAGAAUUCACUAUUUCUCCUUAAGGAAUUUAGUUCCCCUCUACGGUACCCAAGGUUAUUGGAACUAUUCCUCCCAGGAUAGAACGGACAUACCUUUUCUGGCGUACCGGUACUUGAAACACCAGAACCCGACGAACGCAACGAUCGGAGAGAAGUCACACGACUCUGUUUUCUUUAUGAUUUUGUAUAGAGGAAAUGCAAUGAAAAAUUCUUUUAUCUUUUGGCCAGAAAAAUUUCUUGGGAAAUAACUUGUGUCGAAAACAUAGGGGUAGGUGUUUAUUUAUAGACAAUGAAGGGGUGCGAGUGAAGGGAUGUGACCCUUCAAGUGGGUGGUUACACCCCAACCAUUGCAAUGGUUCACACAAAAAUGCCCAACCAUUGCAUCGGUUCGCCAUAGUAGUUGGACCGGUUGGUUCAUUCCAACCGUCACAUCGGUUCGGUCCGAUUUGGUUCAACUUGGUUUAACCAAUAACUCACCAACUAUUGGCUUCUUCCCCUUUCAUUCUCAUUCACACCUUUCAAAUCCCAACAACAUUGAAGACCCGAGACACAAUAGCACCUUUCCAAAAACCUACGUAUACCAGCUACAACCCUCACAGAACCAUUAGAGAAUACUAAUAUGUCAUCAACAAAGUACAAGUAAGUUAACUCAAGUGCUUUACACAUGUGGUGAUAGGGAAUUUGACAUUCAACUAUGAAGCCAUCAUACAAGAGAACACUUUCAUAGCCACUAUGAAAAGGUAAAGAGGGAGGGAAUCUCCUUGCCUAAGUCCCUUACCAACACAGAAGAAUCCACAUAAACCACUAGUAAAUGAGACACUUAGCAUUGGGGUGGUUACACAAGUUUCUACUAGCCUUUAAAGCUUUAAAGAAACUUUCAGUUCAUUGAGUCAAAGCCUUUUUUUAAGAUGAAUCUUCUGAACACAUCUAGGGUUUACAGAUUUCUUAUGGUAUUCUUUUACAAGUUUCAUAAUAUAUGCAUGUUGACCAAGCAUACACAUGCUAACUAAGCGAGAAGAAGAUGAGAUUAAGAAGGGCAAAUUGGUCAAAUAUAGAAUUUGAGUGCAA